AUGGAAUGCGAAUCUUUAGUUGUGGCAUCUUUAAUAGAUAAUGUCAACUCUUGCAAAAAGGUAUUCGACAUAAAAAAUACCGAAACUGUCGUGCAAGAUUCAGAUGAAGCCAUCAUCGAACGUGAAGUAUCAAAGGUCAAAAGUUCUUGUUUGAAAAAGAGUAACGAGUUAAAGGCACUCAAAAAGAACUCAAGACAAAUUGAGAGAUUUAAGUUUACUAGGUCGGCUUCGUCGCCAGUGAUGGUUGUCGACAAUCCAACGAAAAACUCCACUUCAAAUAAUGAAAUUAAGGAAAGUAACAGAGAAAAUAGGAUGAAUUAUGAAUGGAAAAAGAAGGGACGGAAUGUUUCAUUUGACGAGUGCGUUCAUGUUUUAACCAAAUGUUCUGUUAUUGAAAUGCCUCUCAAGAACUCUAUGCUAGAAAAUAACGAAUCUCCAACUUGCUGUGAAUGCAGAAAGGGUAUUUUGAAACACGGAGAGGGUCAUAGUGUUAAAAAGACAGUAACAUUUGAACAAGAAGAGUUGUUAAGGUCGGCCAUCUUAAAUCAUGAUUUGUCUGAAUUUGCAGAAGUCUGUCAACAGUGGGAGGUCAAUUUCAACAAAAAACUGUCAAACGGCUUAUUAACACCUCUGCAUCUCGCCAGCAUAGCCGGGAGUUUUAGAAUUGUACAGUUUAUUUUAAAACAUGGUGGGCAUGUUGACGAAACGGACGAGCUAAGAUGGACGCCAUUACAUUAUGCCGUGUUGUACGACCACAUACCCUGCGCGUUGCUGUUGCUUCAGGCGGGCGCGGAUAUCGGUGCGCGGACCGCGGAUCACUGUACACCGAUAGAGCUUGCAAGUCAGGAUGAAAUGCUGCUGCUGUUAGGACGAGUUAUGAACGGACUGUCGCUUAAGGCUAGUUUAGAUCAAAAUAAAGAAACGUAUGUGUAA